AAUGAUGCCGAGUUCAAAACAGCUGAUCUGGGUGAAGUGACAGGCCAUCAUUGAAUCAGUAGCGACAUCUAACGGACAUUUUUCGUUCAUGCAGUUUUCCGUUUCCUGGGUUGUCCGUCGGCACAAUUUACAAGAUAUCAUCAUCGUCUUUUUUGGGAAGCCGAUACCAAGAAAACGUGGACACGUAUAGAGUAUUGAUGUUUUUUUUGUUGAAGGGAUAACAACAGGUCGCCUUGUCGUGAAAUAACAAACGAGCAUAAUGAGGCGGAACUUCUGUGUUACCAGUGUGUGUUCUAGCCGGCGCUAUUAGUGGAUGUAUCAACAACGGACUAAACGCGGAAACAAAUCCGACUGUCAACAUUUUCAAUUAUAACAGUUUUGAAACAAGAAGCAGCUUAUACAUUUCAUUAACAUUGAUCGGACCGCUGUUUUCUGUUAUCGCUGUACAAUUCCCCUACAAUUCUAAGCCACCCGUCGUCGCUAACGGUCCGCCGACACCAAGCAAAGCAAUGGCAUCUAGGUCGCCGUCAUCCUCUCCGGACACUGCGACGGGUUCAGGUACCGACCCGGCCCGGCCAGAUACUGGGGAACCCCUCGGUGGAGCGGGUUCGGACUCUGACUCAGACCUGGGUUUGAGUAAAUUUGACUACGGGGCAAUGGAGGCGGGAGAUCGCCUGGAGGGUGAUGACCUGGUACAGGAGUUUGAGUCUGCCGCCGACCGUGUUGGAAGUCUGGUCCAAACAGCCAGCAGAGACCAGCUACUGUAUCUCUAUGCCCGGUACAAACAGGUCAAAGUGGGAAAAUGCAAUACGCAAAAGCCAGUUUUUUUCGACUUCGAAGGACAGAGGAAAUGGCAGGCCUGGAAGCAGCUUGGGGACAUGGAGCCGCAGCAGGCAAUGCAAGAAUAUAUUUCCUGUGUCAACAUGUUAGACCCUGAAGGCAGCAGGAGGGAAAGCCGAGGAGCAGACAGGAGAACGGGCUUCGGAGGCGCAGCUGUCAGCUCUUUGUACCAAGAGGAGACCAUCAGAGAAGAGGAUAAGAACAUCUUUGAUUACUGUCGAGAAAACAACAUCGAGCAAAUCAGCAAGGCCAUCAGCUCCCAGAAAGUGGAUAUCAACUGCAAAGACGAAGAGGGCCGAGCGCUCCUGCAUUGGGCUUGUGACAGAGGCCACAAGGAGCUGGUUUCAUUUCUUCUGCAACACAACGCCGAUAUCAACUGCCAGGAUAAUGAAGGACAGACGGCGCUACAUUAUGCAUCGGCGUGCGAGUUUGGCGACAUCGUGGAACUCCUGCUGAGUACCGGCGCCGACCCGUCCAUCAAAGACAUCGAAGGUUCUCUUCCAGAGGAGGUCACAGAGUCCGGCGCCAUCUCUUCACUCUUGCGCCAGUACACCGCUCCCAAAGGCUAGAGCAGCCAUGCCGUCUUGCCCCUCGUCUCCAGAACCCCGUUCCCCACGUUGUCGUCUCAGCAUCCCAGACUUCCCAGCAUCCCUCCCUUCCCGGGUGAGAGACUGUGCAACCCCAGCAGUUUUUGUUUUGUUUUGUUCGUGUGGGGUUUUUUUUUGUUCCCGAACCUUUGAGGUUAGUUGGCUUUGCCGUGUUACUUUUUCAUUUGAAAUACUGUAUUUUGACCUCACUAAGGUUGGCGGACAUGGUUCGGAAUCCAAGAAAUGCAUUUAUCAACAGCACUGUCAGGUAUUUAAAUCUUUGGCUGCGGCAAGAGGUUCUAAUUUAUCAUCCACAAUCACGAUCAACUUUUCUGACCACUGCUGCAGGUGGAUGAUUCAUUUCUAUUUCAUUCCAAAGACUGCUUUGUCUGUCAUUCAACACCAUUAAAUUCUUAAAAAUGA